AUGCCUCUCACCACGUCAUCUGUCUACCCGCCGCCGUCACAGGAAUUCGCAAAGUUCCCUAGCCGGCGGAGCGUCGUGCACAGCACCAAGGGCAUUGUAGCGUGCACCCAGCCGCUGGCCGCGAAAUGCGGCAUCCAAGUCUUGGACGCGGGCGGCAACUGCGCUGAUGCAGCCGUAGCAGUUGCCGCGGGCCUCAACGUGACAGAGCCCUGCUCGACCGGCAUAGGCGGCGACAUGUUCUGCCUCUUCUACGACGCCAAGACGAAGAAGAUGUCUGCCAUGAACGGGUCAGGCCGGUCGGGCGCCAAGUGCACGCUCGACACUAUCCGCGGGUCACUAGGCCUGAAGGCCGGACAGUCCGGCUCCAUUCCCAUGGAUAGUGUGCAUGCCGCAUCGGUGCCCGGCGCCGCGGCCGGCUGGUGCGACACGAUUGAGCGCUUCGGCAGCGGCAAGCUGUCCAUGGAGCAGAUCCUGGCACCGGCGAUUGAGCUCGGCGAGAAGGGGUUUCCUGUCUCCGAGUGCGCUGCGUAUCUUUGGAACCACUCCGAAGACCUCAUCCGCAGCGCCUCGCCCAACGGCAGCGAGAUGCUAAAGAACGACCCCAGCGCUCCGGACGGCGUGCGUGCGCCCAAGGCCGGUGAGAUCAUGAAGAACCCCACGCUAGCAGCAACCUUCCGCGCGCUCGCCGCAGACGGCAAACAGGGGUUCUACACCGGCCGGAUCGCGACCGAGAUCGUCAAGGUAGUACAAGACCUAGGCGGCCACCUCGAGCUCGCUGACCUAACGCACCACCUCGAAACGGGCAGCGAGCACGUCGAAGCCAUCAGCCUCAAGUUCCGGGGCCAGAACGUAGGCCAGGCGCUCCAAGUCAGCAGCGCGGCAGACGCCAUCGAUGAGGACGACGUCGGCCUCGAGCUGUGGGAGCACCCGCCCAACGGGCAGGGCAUCGUGGCGCUGAUGGCGCUGGGGAUCCUGCAGGAGCUCGAGAAGCAGGGCCGGAUCCCGACGUGGGGCGCGGCCGACUUCAAUACGGCGCCGUACCUGCACGCCGUGAUCGAGGCGCUGCGCAUCGCCUUCGCCGACGCCAGCUGGCACGUCACGGACCCCAGCGUCUCGGCCGUGCCGUCGGCGGCCCUGAUCUCGCACGUGUACCUCGCCGAGCGCGCGGGGUUCUACGACCCCGCAAAGGCGAGCAACAGCCUCCCGCACGGCACGCCGGCGUCGCCGGCGCUGCAGAGCAGCGACACGGUGUACUUCGCCGUGUCCGACAGCGCGGGCAACGCCGCGUCGUUCAUCAACAGCAACUACGGCGGGUUCGGGACGAGCAUCGUGCCCCGCGGGUGCGGCUUCACGCUGCAGAACCGCGCGGCCAACUUCAGCCUGGACGCGGGACACCCGAACACGCUGGCGCCGCGCAAGCGGCCCUACCACACCAUCAUCCCGGCGGCCGUCACCAACAUGCACGACGGGUCGCUGCACUCGGUGUUCGGCGUCAUGGGCGGCUUCAUGCAGCCCCAGGGCCACGUGCAGGUGCUGCUGGGCCAGGUCGUCGGCGGGCUCGACCCGCAGCAGGCGCUCGACGCGCCGCGCGUGUGCAUCGGGUCUGGCCAGCCCGAGGAGGGCCUGCCGACCGACUGGACCGUCUAUGCCGAGGAGGGCAUGCCGGCCGAGACGGUCGAGGGGCUGCGGAAGCUGGGGCACGAGGUGAAGGUCCUGAAUGGGGCGGCGAGGCGCAAGUUUGGCCGCGGGCAGAUCAUACGGUGGAGUGUUGAUCCGGUUGAGAAUGUGGGUGUGUGGUCUGCGGGUAGCGAUUUGCGUGGGGACGGGGCGGCUUAUCCGCAGUGA